AUGGCAGUGCCAGAGCAGGAGCCUAUCGCCAUCAUUGGCAUGGCAUGCCGCUUCCCAGGCGGCUCAGACUCACCCUCGAAGCUAUGGGACUUGAUCCAGUCGCCACGCGACCUCUCGAAGCGUGUUCCGGCUGACCGUUUCGAUAUAACCGGAUUCUCCCACACCAAUGGCUCCCAACACGGCGCCACGAAUGCGCCAAACGCAUAUUUCAUCGAAGAAGACGUGACCCGGUUUGACAACACCUUCUUCAACAUCCAACCAGCCGAGGCCGAGGCCAUCGACCCACAGCAGCGCCUAGUCAUGGAGACUGUUUACGACUCUCUGUGUGCCGGUGGCCAAACCAUUGAAAGUCUUCGGGGAUCCAAUACAGCCGUGUAUGUCGGCAUGAUGUGUGAUGACUGGGCUCAGAUCGUUAACCGGGACUGGGACCUGGCCCCGACAUAUGCUGCCACGGGCGACAGUCGUGCCAUCAUCUCAAAUCGGGUCUCCUACUUCUUCGACUGGCACGGACCUAGUAUGACUAUUGACACGGCCUGCUCGUCCUCGUUGGUGGCAGUCCACCAGGGUGUGACAGCCCUGCGAAAUGGCGAAUGCCCGAUCGCCAUUGCGGCCGGUGCCAACCUGAUCUUGGCUCCUGGUAUGUUUAUCAAAGAGAGCAGCCUUCGCAUGCUGUCACCCACGGGCACCAGCAAGAUGUGGGAUGCUGCAGCUGACGGCUAUGCUCGCGGUGAGGGCAUUGCGGCCGUUGUGAUGAAGCCGCUUAGUGCGGCACUGAGAGACGGCGACCACAUCGACUGCGUAAUUCGCGGGACAGCUGUAAAUCAGGACGGUAAGACGGCAGGUAUGACAAUGCCCAGUAGCGUCGCCCAGGCACAGCUCAUCCGGGAUACCUACGCCCGUGCCGGGCUCGACAUCAACGAUCCGAAAGAUCGUCCCCAGUUCUUCCACGCGCACGGCACUGGCACGCAAGCCGGUGACCCGCAGGAAUCGGAAGCCAUCGCGCGAUCCUUGUUCGAGCAUGGCAAGCCGACCGAUACGCUAUAUGUGGGCUCUAUCAAGACCGUUGUCGGACACACCGAGGGUGCCGCCGGUCUUGCCAGCUUGAUCGGCUCUGCCAUGGCCAUGCAGCAUGGCAUAAUCCCCCCCAAUCUUCAUUUCAAGAGGCUAAGUGACAAAGUCGCCCCGUUCUACGAUAAUCUCAAGAUUCCUACCUCCGCCACGCCCUGGCCAAGUACGCUUCCCGGCCAGCCGCGCCGAGUUAGUGUCAACAGUUUCGGGUUCGGUGGCACCAAUGCACACGCCAUUCUCGAGUACUAUGAGCCUCAAGCAGCGAACAAGAAGGCUGCUGCCGCCGCUGCUGCUGCUGUGCCAGCAUUUACUCCACUCACCAUCUCGGCUGCUUCCUCGUCUGCCAUCCGCGCCACCCUCGAUGACCUACGGACCUACCUACAGGGGAACCCGGACACCAACAUGCGCGACUUGGCUUACACACUACAAACACGCCGGUCGACGCUCCCUUUCCGCAAGCCUAUCUUUGCCGCUAACAUUGACGAGGCCAUCAAGAGGAUUGAUGAGCUGCUCGCCGACGCCAACGCCGGCGAUAACGACCUGACUACCCGCUAUUUCGACGUGUCCAAGCCCUCUAUUCUCGGCGUGUUCACUGGCCAGGGCGCCCAGUGGCCGCGAAUGGGAGCACGGCUCAUCGAGGAGUCACCAUUUGCUGCCCAGCGCAUUGCCGAGCUUCAGCGAGCCCUGGCCACGCUCCCCGAUGGCGACCGGCCCGACUGGACGCUGAGCGGGCAACUCCUUGCCAACCCCAAGUCCUCCCGGCUUUCCGAAGCAACCAUAUCUCAGCCGCUAUGCACAGCCGUGCAGAUCGUACUCGUGGACCUACUCAGGGCCGCGGGUAUCCAGUUGCGUGCCGUCGUAGGUCACUCAUCCGGCGAGAUCGCCGCUGCGUAUGCCGCCGGCUUCCUGUCGGCCACCACUGCGAUCCGCGUCGCCCACUAUCGUGGCCUCUACGCCAAGCUGGCCCGCGCUGGAGGCCCUGGCGCCAUGAUGGCCGUCGGUACUUCGUUUGAAGAUGCUCAAGAGCUCUGCGAACUUAUUGGAGGGAUCCAGGUCGCCGCACGCAACUCCCUGACCAGCAUCACUCUAUCGGGUGACGAAGAUGCCAUCGACGAGGCUGUCGCCAUCUUCAAGGACGAAGGCAAGUUCGCGCGCCGGUUACAAGUCGACACGGCAUACCACUCUGCCCAUAUGCAACCGUGUGCGGAGCCUUAUAUCGCUGGCCUCGCAAGGGCCGGCUAUGCCGUGGAGGAGGGCAACGGCACAAUGUGGUUCUCAAGCGUCGUCGAGGGCGGUCGUGUCAUGACUAAAGAGGACGUCCAGUCUUCCCAGUACUGGGCCGACAAUAUGGCCAACGCCGUCUUGUUCGAGCCGGCCAUAUCGCAGGCAGUCACUGAAGCCGGGCCGAUGGACUUGGCCAUCGAGUACGGUCCCCAUCCCGCGCUCAAGGGUCCGGCCCUCGAUACGAUAGAACAUGCAACCGGGCACCGAAUUCCCUAUACGGGACUGCUAGCCCGGAAAAAGGACGACGUAGAAGCUCUGGCAUCGGCUGUCGGUUCCAUUUGGACGCACCUGGGGGCCUUGUCGGUUAACUUCGACGAGUUUGAGACGCUGAUUUCUGGUGCCGCAUCGUUGCCGAAGCAGGCCGUGACCAACCUCCCGACCUAUCCCUUUGACCACUCCCGUUCUUUCUACUCGCUCACCCGCUUCUCGGGCGCCCAUCGACACCUGCAAGCGCUGCCACACCCGCUCUUGGGGCGACGGUUGGUAGAGACGGAGACGGCGGACGAGGUCUCAUGGCGCAAUGUCCUGCGCCCCUCCGAGAACAGCUGGCUCCAGGGCCACGCGUUACAGGGCCAGAGUGUCUUCCCCGCGAUGGGCUUUAUCUCCUUGGCCGUAGAAGCCGUCGCCGCUGCUGCUGCCGGCCGCAAGCUCGGGCUCAUCACCAUUGAUAACGCCGUCAUCGGCCGCGCUCUCUCGUUUGAUGACGAGAAUUCCGGCAUGGAAACCAAGGUGACACUGGGCGUGGUGCGGUCCACCGACGGCGAGCUCUCCGGCCGCAUUACCUGCCACUCUGGCCGACCGUUCGACAGCAGCACACCGUUGACCCUCAACUUCAGCGCUACUAUCACGGCCGCCUUGUACGAAGCCGGGUCAGACACGCUGCCUGCAGUCCGCCAUGACGAGAUCAACUUGGUGGAGGCGGAGCCCGAGCGCCUGUACUCGCAGUUCACCAAGUUGGGCUAUACCUACGGCUCGCCGUUCACAGGUGUGCGGACGAUCCACCGCAAGAUGGGUUGGGCCAUGGGCGAGAUCGAGGACGAGUCUGGCGACGGCUGGGAGGAUAAGCUCUUGGUCCACCCGGGCUGGCUCGACUCGGCCAUCCAGACGGGCUUCGCCGCCUACAGCCACCCUCACGACAACCGUCUCUUUACUCUCUGCGUGCCAACGGCCAUCCGCUCCGUCGUCAUAAACCCAUACUUCUGCAACACCAGUGCGGCUCGUGACCGCACCCUACAGUACCAGACGUCCACUCGUGCGACGCCCGAGGGCCAUAUGAUGGUCGAUAUUGACGUAUACUCUGGCGGGUCAGCGCAAGCGCACCCGUUUGUGCAGUUUGAGUCAGUUGAGCUCCAGCCGUUUGCGGCGCCAACACCUCGCGACGACACUGUUAUCUACACUCGCUACGACUACCGCCUGGCUGCCCCUGACGCCAAUGUGGCCAUGAAGGGCGAGGACGGCGAAGAGAGCGGCUGCAACGGCGUGUUGUCGUCCGAAAACGACACAGUCUUGCUGGCAGCCGAGCGUGUGGGCUUUUUCUACCUACGCCGCCUCGACGAGGCCAUGACGGAGUGGGAGAAGGCCGAUGCCCUGGGCCAUCAUCAGCACCUGCUGGACUUUGCUGCUCGCACCGUAGAGGCUGUGUCGCGAGGGGAUCACCCCUACGUGCCGUGUGAGGCGCUCAAGGACUCGGCAGCUUUUAUCAACUCUCUCAUCGCUAAGCACCACAAGCACGACUACAUGCGGCUGCUGGAGGUAGCGGGCAACCAUCUGGCUGAUGAGAUCCGCAGCGGUGGGAGCAUCCUGGAGCACCUAGCCAGGGACGGGCUGCUGAACCGAUUCUACCAGCAGCUGACGGCGCAGCCGGGGCAGGAGAACGCGAACGCGUGGUACGCCCGCGUUGCCGCCCAGAUCGCCCACCGGUUCCCGCGCAUGCAUAUCCUCGAGAUUGGAGCGGGAACUUGCGGCGGCUCGACCGCCUCGAUCCUGCCCGCCCUUGGCGACGCCUUCUCCUCUUACACUUACACUGACGUCUCGGCCGAGUCCUUGGAGGGCGUCCAGGACCGUUUCCGCGACUUCGCCGAUCGCUUGGUGUUUACGACAUACGACAUUAACCAGCCGCCAGCGGAGCAGGGGCUAGAGGAAGGCUCAUACGAUGUCGUGCUGGCCUCGGCGACCCUGCAUACCGCCGGCGACCUAGACGAGACGCUUGCUAAUGUGAGGAAGCUCUUGAGGCCUGGCGGCUAUCUAGUCGCGUUGGAAAUCAACAGCAACGACUCCCUGAGUCUAAGCACCAUUCUCGGCGGUCUACCCGGGUGGUGGGCCGGCAGUAACGGCCCGUCUCUGCCACUGGAUCGUUGGCAUUCACUAACACGCCGACACGGCUUCAGUGGCAUCGACACGAACACCCCCUUUUCCACCGGCAGCAAUAACAAGCUGCAAUGGUUCUCCAUCUUUGCCAGCCAGGCCGUCGAUGACCGUGUUAAUAGUCUGCGUGCUCCCCUAGCCGCUCCUGCUCCGACCCAGGGCACCGGCCAGCUGGUUAUUGUAGGCGGGCACACAGAAGUCAUUGCCCAGCUGGCCAAGGGUGUAAGUGCCCUGAUCAGCCCGCGCUACGCAGCCGUCACGCUUCUUGAGUCUAUCGAGGAACUCAGCGGGUACGACCUGGCCUCCGGGAGCUCUGUCCUAUGCCUGACCGAGCUGGAGGAGCAGCUCCUCGAGACCCGAACCGAGCCCAAGAUUGAGGGCCUAAAGACGCUCUGGCGGAACGGCCAUAGCAUCCUCUGGGUCACACGUGAGGCCCGCGCUGAGCGUCCGUACUCGUCUAUCAUUCUCGGAGUGUCCCGCGUUCUCCGCCACGAAUAUCCCACUAUCACUCUACAGCUGCUAGACUUCGACGCCGCCACGGAAGCAACGUCGGAGGUUCUGGCCGAUGCCCUGCUGCGCCUUGAGUUGGGUGCACGCUUCAAGAAGGCGGAGGAAGCCAAUGUCCUCUGGACCAUCGAGCCCGAGUACCACUACGUCAACGGCCAAUUAUUCAUCCCGCGACUGCUCCCUUACACAGAGGCCAACAACCGGUACAACACCUACCGCCGCGAUGUGUAUGAUGAAUUCGAUCCGCGCGAGACGACGAUGGUGCUCGAGCCAGCGGCUGACGGGAUGUCAUUCAAGCUUGCCACCGUGUCGCCGCUGCGUGUGCUGCCCACACCUCGAACUAUGGGCAAUACCGUCACUCUCCGAGUCGAGCAGUCGCUGCUGCAGGUUCUCAAGAUCCGGGAGGUUGGCUACUUCACCUUGUUUGUCGGCACCGAGGCUGAGACAGGUCAACGGCUCCUCGCGCUGGCCGACACUACUGUCGAGUCCCGAGCACGUGUGCCCACCGAGUGGACGGUGCCUCUGCCGGCGAGCAAGAAUAGGAGUACCAGCACCUCUCUUGGCGGUGUUGCCGCAUAUCUCCUUGCGCAGACCAUCCUCGCCGCCACCGCACUACGCUCCGGAACUGUGGUGGUGCAUGAGGCCGACCAGCUCCUAAAGGACGCCCUGGACAAAGUGGCAGCCAGAGAGGACGUACAAGUUGUCUUUACAACAGCGACAAAGAACCGCACAGAUGUCAAUAAUUCCUCACCGUACAUUUUCGUCCAUGAGAAGCUCCCUAUGCGGCUGGUGCGCACACUUUUGCCGCGCAAUGUCUCACUCCUGAUCGACCUGUCUCCCGAGCCUGCGUCUGCCUGUUCUGACCUUUUGGUCCGAUCUCUCCCGCCACACACAGCCAAGGCCAAGGCGGCUGACUUCUUGCGUACGCAGCCCGGCCUGUCUCCCCACUCAGACGACGACGACGACGUGGAGCAGGUCGGCCGAGCGCUCAAGGAGGCCUGGAAGGGUGUGGCAACCCGAGGGCAGCUAGGAUCGUCAUCGACAAACGAGCAGGUUCCCGUAUUGGCACUCCAGGAUGUCGCCUCCUCGCCUGCCAUACACACCAAGCUCAGCGUCGUCGACUGGGCCACGACCUCAUCGGUGCGAGCUCUUGUACGGCCCAUCGACCAUGGCACAAUCUUCCGCGCUGAUGGCACCUACCUCCUUGUCGGCCUGACUGGCGAGCUAGGCCAGUCGCUGUGCACUUGGAUGGUAGCCCAUGGGGCGCGGAACCUGGUCCUCUCUAGUCGGCGGCCCAAGGUGAGCCAGCGGUUUAUCGAUUCGUGCGCGGCUGAGGGAGCGACUAUCAAGGUGAUGUCGAUUGAUGUGACACGGCGCGAGGCUCUGCGCGAGGCUCUUGACGAGAUCCGCGCUGAGCUACCGCCCAUCAUCGGCGUCGCCAACGGCGCCAUGAUGAUCGACGACGCCCUAUUUGACGACAUGAAAUUCGAAUCGCUACAGCGGACGGCCCCGCCCAAGAUUGAAGGCUCCGUCAUCCUAGACGAGUUCUUUUAUGACACGCCGCUCGACUUCUUCAUCCUCUUCACCUCGCUGGCCAACGUCGUUGGUAACACGGGCCAGUCGGCCUACAUCAUGGCCAACCAGUUCAUGGCCGCGCUCGCAGCCCAGAGGCGCAACGUGCGUGGCGUCGCCGGCUCCGAUAUUGCCAUCAGCUCCAUCCAGGGCCUGGGCUAUUUCGAGCACGCCAACCACCUGGACAAGGACCACUUCACGCGCAUAGGCUACCGCAACGUUUCUGAGCAGGACUUCCUCGGGCUCUUCGCCGAGGGCAUCCUCGCCGGCCGGCCAGGCCAGAAGGGCGGGUCCGAGGUGUGUACUGGCGUGUCGCCCUUCCGCGACGGCGUCACAUUGCUCGCCAACCCCUGCUUCAGCCAUCUCCUGCUACACGACGCCGCUGCCAUCCAGGGCGGGCGUGGUGGUAGCACUGGCAAGACGGAGCGUCCGCGCGCCCGUCUUGCUGCUGCCAAGUCCGCUGCUGAGGCAAAGACCAUCAUCGGAGAAGCCUUUGUCGAGCGGUUGAAGCGCAUCCUGAUGAUCCCUCAAGGCGAGAGCGUGAACGAGAUGGUGACGCUCGUAGAACAGGGAGUGGACUCCAUCAUGGCGGUUGAGGUCCGCACCUGGUUCCUCCAGGAGUUCAGCAUCGACCUUCCUGUGCUCAAGAUUCUGGGUGCUGGGUCGACGAUCGAGUCUAUACUUAAUGAUGCGAUGAACGGCAUCCCCGCCGAGAUCCUGGGCUUGGAAAAGGUGGGCAGUGGCAGCGGCAAUCCUCCUGUUGCUAUCGUUGCUGCCCCUACUGCUCCUCAUGCUCCUGCUCCUGCUCCUGCUACUGCUCCUGCUACUGCUCUUGCUACUGCUCCUGCUACGGCUUCUUUCCCGCCCACCAAGCCAUCGACGGAGACAUCGUAUAGUUCGGGGUCAGGCAGCCCGCUGGCCAUCUCGACGCCCCGAUCGCCGCUUGACACGCCUCUGGACCUGGGAGACGAUGCCGAGCAUAAGAAACCUACAGUCUUGUCACUGGAGAGACAGCUUGAAAAAGCGAGGCGCGAAAAGAUCAUUGCCUCCAUCAAGCUGGCAGAACACACCGAGCCUAUGACGUUCGGGCAGAAGCGCUUCUGGUUCCUGAGCCACUACAUCGACGACUCCACGACGUUCAACAUUGCCUACCAAUUCAAGCUCACAGGCCGCAUCCGCAUCGACGAUCUCGCCAAGGCCGUCGAGUCGGUAGCGCAGAGGCACGAGGCCCUGCGCACGCGUUUCUUCUGGUCCAACGACGACAGCAGGACGCCCAUGCAGGGUAUCCUGUCGAAAGCCUUUGUGCGUCUGGAGACGGCCACGAUCGAGUCAGAGGCCCAGGCGGCUGAGGAGCUCGACGCCAUGCGUGACCACAAGUGGGAUCUCGGCGAUUGGGGGCAGCUUCGACUACGACUGCUCUCGCUCUCUGACACACGGCAUUACCUGCUCAUGGGAACACACCACAUCUCAAUGGACGGCCACAGCAUGAACAUGCUGAUGCUCGACAUCAACCAAGUCUACAAUAACCGCGGCCGACCGUUGGCGCCGCUGCCUGACGCCUCACAGGCCCGUUCCUUCGGCGAGCAGCAGCUCCUCGCGUACAGAACCGGCAAGCUCCAGCCAGCCAUCGAUUACUUCCGCCGUACGCUCCAAGCGGUAGACCUCACACGUCCUAUCGAGCUGCUCUCCUUUGCUCGCUCUCAAGUUCGCCAGCCGCUCCAGGAUUACAAGAUCAACAUGGCCCGGAUCCGUCUCGACGCCCAGACAGUCGCCAAGUUGAAGCAGCUCACGCGGAGCAGCAGGGCCACAUCGUUCCAUGGCUACUUGACCAUUCUACAGGCACUUCUGUUCCGGCUGCUGCCCGCUGAGACAACGGACAAGCUCGUCAUAGGUGUCGCCGACGCCAACCGGCUCGACAGCAAGUUCAUGGGCAGCAUCGGGAAUUUCUUGAACGUGCUCCCCCUGGUGUUCGAUCGUAACCCCGGUAGCCAGACGUUCGGGCAGGCCGUCGAAGAGACACGCAAGAACGUGUACAGUGCGCUCGAACACUCGGCCCUACCCUUCGAUUUGCUGCUGGACGAGCUGGCUGUACCACGCUCUAACGCAUACCCGCCUGUAUUCCAAGUGCUGGUGGACUAUAAACUCUUCACUAAAGAGCAGGCGGAGAUGCCCUGGGCUGGAUGUAGGGUCGGCGAGCACCAGUGGCAUGCGGCGAGAGGCCCAUACGACAUCGCACUGGAGAUUGUCGAUGACGGCGAGGGUGCCUUGAUGGCUUUGCAUAUGCAAGGGGCUCUGUACAGCAAGGAGGCCACGAACUUGUUCCUGCGAAGCUAUGUUAAUGUCUUGAGAGAGGUGGUGAAGCAGGGCGGCGACCUAUCAAAGGUGGACAAGUGGGACAAGGCUGAUGUGAAGAAGGCGUUGGAACUCGGCAAGGGCACUGACAUGCCACUCGAAUGGCCCGCCACCAUCGCCCACCGUCUCGACCAGGUCAUCGCCCAGCACCCCGAUAGCGUCGCUGUUAAAGAUGGCUUUGGCCGUGUAUAUACCUAUGCGGCGCUGGAUGAGCGGGUCGAAAGUAUUGCGCGUACCCUUCUUGGGAAGCUGCCUGAUCAAAGCCACGAACAGUCUGUUGUUGGCGUGUUCCAGACUCCAUCCGCCGACUGGAUUGCCUCCAUGAUUGCUAUCCUUCGUGUUGGUGCCGUCUAUCUGCCAUUGGAUCUGAAAGUAUCCAUCCCGCGCCUGAAGAGCUACGUCAAAACGGCGCGGCCGGCUGCCAUCCUGUCCGACAGUGAGACGGUAGCACGCACGCCGGACAUCGGCGUUGGGGCUGAAGACCGGGUUGCUGUCAUCAAUGUAUCCGAUCUUCCCGCCACGGCUCAUGGGCGCAUGGAGAGAAUCGCAACGGCAGCCCGUCAGGACCGCACGGCCUACAUCAUCUUCACCAGCGGCUCGACCGGCGAACCCAAGGGCAUCGCCGUCAAGCAUGCCAGCAUCCGCACCAUGGUUGAGGGCUUCGUGCGAGAGUGGGACAUUGCCACCCUUGGCCGCGUCGUGCUCCAGCAGUUUGCCCUCACCUCUGAUGGCUCGUUGAAACAGAUCUUUUCCGCCAUCGCUACCGGCGGCUGCCUUCUUGUCGCUCCCGCCGACGCCCGCGGCGACCCGGCUGAGCUGACACGUCUGAUGGCCGAGCACGGCGUGACCAUGACCGUAGCAACGCCUUCCGAGUACAGCAUGUGGUUCCGCUUUGCGCCAGAUGGUCUGCGCCGUUGCACGGCCUGGACUUCUGCCUGGUUUGGCGGUGAACGCUCGCCCCAGAGCCUCCUGGACUCGUUCCGCAACCUGAGCCGUGUGCUGCCGAACCUGCGCUUCUAUACCACCUACGGGCCUACUGAGGCGACUGUGUCUACCAUGAAGGGCGUUGCCGAUGUACACGAUCCUAACCUGACCGUUCCCGUCCCGGGCCGCAUCCUGCCCAACUACGCCAUCUACAUCAUGGACGAGGAGUCGCGACCCGUGCCGAUCGGUGUGCCGGGAGAGAUAGUCAUCGGCGGCGCCGGCGUUGGCCAGAAUGAAUACCUUGGUAGGCCGGACGUGACAGCGAAGCAGUUCCACGCGGACCCGUUCGCACCCCAGGAUAAAAAGGCCACUGGCUGGGGUCGCAUGUACUAUACUGGCGACUAUGGGCGGCUUGACACCCGCGGCUAUAUCGCCAUCGAAGGCCGCGUCGCCGGCGACGCCCAGGUCAAGGUCCGCGGGUUCCGCAUCGAGCUGGCAGAGAUUGAGGGAAUCAUCAUGAGGGAAGCUGCCGGCACGCUGGCCCACGCCGUGGUGACGCAGCGUGCUGGCGAGGGCGACCAUGAUGGACUCCUUGUUGCGCAUGUGGUGAUCGAGAACAGGGACAUGAGCGAGACGCAAGUUGCCAAGACAAUCAACCAGCUCCGCACGCAACUGUCCAACUCCCUCCCGAACUACAUGGUCCCAGCUAUCAUCAUACCUGUUGAAGAGGUUCCCCUUACUGCCCACGGCAAGGUCGACCGCAAGGCCGUGCAGGCUCUCCCUCUCCCAGAGAUCAAGACGUCCAGCGCGGAACAGCAAGAGCAGCAGAAGAACUUGACACCCGCCGAGCGCCGCCUUGCCGACCUCUGGGCCGACGUGCUCCCGGAGCUGUCGUUGGCGGCCGAGCCGCUGUCGCCGCAGUCCGACUUCUUCCGCGUCGGCGGCAACUCGUUGCUGCUGGUCAAACUGCAAUCUGUCAUCAAGCGCAUGUUUGGUGACGCACCGCGCCUGGGCAUGCUCAUGAACGCGCCCGAGCUUAGCAGCAUGGCGACACUGCUGGAGAGUCAAGGGUCCGCCCCUGAUUGGGACAAGGAGAUUGCGCUGGACUUGUUGGAUGAUAUCCCAGCGGCGGUGCAGCGGACAGGCCUUUCAAACAGCGUCGGUCCUGGACUCCGCGUCCUGGUCACCGGCGCAACGGGAUCUCUGGGAAAGAACGUGAUCCCUCAUUUAGUAGCUGAUAAGCGCAUCGCGCAGAUCUUGGUUCUAGCUCGGCCCGCCGAGGGUAGGAACAUGACAAACCUCUUCCCCGGUCUCUCGAGCAAGAUACGUGUGGUGGCAGCCGAGCUGCCGUCUUUGCCUGUUGAUACAGCCGCCGAUCUGGCAGAGAUCGACAUUAUCCUUCACAUGGCCGCCGACCGCAAUUUCUGGGACGGCUACGGUGGUCUCAAAGCCGUCAACGUGAACUCUGCCAAGGCACUCGCGAAGCUGGCCCUCCACACUGGCGCCACGCUGGACGUCCUAAGCUCAGGCGCCCUGGCGGAUUAUGAGGCCGACGGUGACAACAGUGGCCUGCCACGGCCGGACCCUGCCCACGGCUACGUCUCGUCCAAGUGGGUGGCCGAGCGGUACCUCGCCGAUGCGGCGCGCCGGGCCGGUCUGCGUGUGACGGCGCAUCGGCCCACACCGGCUCCGGCCGUCGAUCACGCCCCGGCCGACAAGCUGACGCCGGCCGAAGACGCCCUGGUUCGCGGCUAUCUUGUCAACUCGCUGCGUCUCGGUGUGCGACCCGACUUUGCCAAACUCGGCGGCACAUUUCACGUCGCGCCGGUCGACGACGUAGCUGCCGCUGUAGCUGCCGCCGUCAUUGCAGGUCACGAGGAGUCAGAAGAGAACGCGCUGCGCGUCGUCAACUACCCUGGCACAGCGGUCCUUCGAACCGACGUCACUUCGGCGCAUGCGGAGGAGUUGUUCAGGAAACCCGAGAAUGAGGCUGUGCUGAAGCUGCCAACCGUCCCGGCGUUGCACUGGGUUGGUAUGGCAAAACGCGCCGGACUGUUUGAGUGGUUUAUUACCUCGCAGGAAUUGGUAGUGACUGAUGACGAGGGACGAAGAGUUGUUUCAAAGCGGUAA